UGAUCAGCGACUGAACCACGGGAUCGGGUAUAAACAAUGAGCACGUGUCCGAACAAUGGAUGAAACCUGUCAAUUAUCACGUCUGGACCAUCACUUGCAGAUCAUUCAUUAAAGUGCCCUGCAUUUUACCCGUAACAAGGCAAAGGCAAGGUACUCCCGAUACAGAAGUUACAUCAGAGUGCGUGUGCCGUAAGAUAAGAUAUUCUUGGAACAAACUCUUCCCUUCCCCACGUUGACUGACGUCUGAGUUUGAGUUUCAAGUCUCUUGGUCACGUCACGUCGCAUCGUUCCUCAUUUUUCGAGGUCCUCGUGAAUAUUUGGUUGACUUGACGCUGUUGUUCUGCUCUUACAGUCGUUACAGCCAACCAAGAAUCUCCUUUCCUUUCCUCUUGCUCACUCCUUUUUUUUUUUUUAACCUUUUACCUUUUACCUUUAUUUUACCCCUUGACUAAGGUACUCCUUCCUCUGUCUCUUACACCCCAAUCUUUCCGUUUGCGGUCUCAACUCCACUCACGUCUUCUCCUUCUCCUCUCUUCUUCACAUCAGCUCAAACUUCUCUAUUCUUCUCCUUCUUCCGCUUCUCGACAUAUAACCCUUGUAAUCUUCGCCUCUUCUCACGAUCCCGCCACUAUUAAACGAUUCCGCCAUCGACUGCGCCUGCGCCCCUCCAAAGACCACGCGGAUCCGACCCCUGCCCGACCUCCACCAGCCAAGAGGGCCCGACGCUAUUCCUCUUCUUACGCCCAAAUCUCCGUCGCCUUUGCUUCUUAUACUUGGGCUGUCGCUGUUGUUCAAGCCUCUGGUGAAAACCGCGACGAGCACCAGCCUCAAGCGCAACUUCUCCUUGGGGUACUCACACCUGUCUUUACCCAACCCCGACGCCAUGGACAGGAUCCCCAAGUUCAGGCGCAAACCCAAGAACCCCACGAUCCAGACCUCCGUCGAACGCUCCAGCAGUGAUACUGUCGAUAGUAUCGCCAGUACCGAGUUACAGGCUGCAACUUUGCAGUCGCAACAACAGGACGGGCAACAAGUCCUACCGCAAAAGUCCAAGCUCUCAAAGAGGGCCGCAUUCCGAAAUUUCCGUUUGCGCGGCUCUACAAAGAGAGCGCGCGACAGUCCACCCGUCGAGUUGCCUUCCAGUCCUCCACCGGCCGUCGUGAGCCACGACGGCGUCAAGAGUCGACCCGUCACGGCCGAAGGCGAUGUGCUGGCUAAUUCAAAGGGAUCAGGUCCCCGAAUUCCUGCCUUUUUGGAAUCUUCGAUGCAGGAUAUUGAUUUCAAAUUCCAGGAGUUGACGUGGGCGGAACGAGACCGAGUUCUUGAGGGCACAAGGAAUGAGGGGGAUGAAGAGUUUAAAUGGGGGACUUUCAAGCAGGUUGACGCCCAGGAGAAGGGUGUGAUGGAUCGCUACAUCAACAUCAAGCCUUGGAAUCACAACCGAGUCAAACUUCAGGUUCCUGAGGAUGAGCUUGACUAUGUCAACGCUUCCGAGAUCACUCUUACCUCACCUUCCGAUCCGAGCCGUGAGCCGUUGCGAUACAUCGCCAUGCAAGGGCCAACGCAGCCAUCAAUCGACUAUGUCUGGCGCAUGAUUGCGGAGCAAAUGUCUUCACCUGCUGUUAUCGUACAGCUGACAACCAUGGCAGAGGGUGGAGUUGUCAAAUGUCACCAAUACUUUCCCGAUAACCAAGAUCACCCUACCUGGACUCUGAACGAGCACGAUGCGUGGAACGAUGACUGGCAGGCCCAGAUCACGUACGAUUCUUACGAGGAACUCGCUGACGGUGCUAUUGAGAAGCGCAAGCUACUUAUGCACCUGAAGGAUGAAGAAGAGCCCCGAAUCGUGUGGCACCUUCUGUAUAGACGAUGGCCUGACUUUGGGGUUCCCGAACUAGAAGAUCUCGAUGGCUUCUUUGAACUCAUGCGACUUUCGCGCGAGCUGAGCGCGCCCAAAAACCCGCGAAUCAUCCAUUGCAGUGCUGGUGUUGGUCGAACCGGCACUUUCAUUACGCUCGAGCAUCUAAUGCGCGAGCUAGAACUGGGCACCUUUGAGAAGUAUGACGAUCCAGCGGAGGGUCCGGAUCUGAUUUUCGAGACGGUCGACCAUCUCCGAGAGCAGCGUGUUGGCAUGGUUCAGGGCCGUCCUCAAUUCAUAUUCAUUUACCAAGUUAUGCGGAAACUAUGGCAAGAUAAAUAUGGAGUCGAUGAAGAGGGCAAUGAGCCUGCAGCUAAGAGGCUGGAAGUUGGCGAUCCAUUCAUAGAUGACUCGGUAUCCGACUCUACGCAAGCCAACCACUAGCAUCGGGGUUCCGAGGAUUGAGGUGUGAUAAUGGAGUCUGUUUAUCUGGCGUUAACUACAAUGAUUUGGUGGAGUUGCGGAUGGGAAUGCAUCUGGGUUGUGCUGGGGCAUGAUAACUGCGGCAACCUAAUUUUAUGGUUUGGGGAUGACACGCAGCCUCCCAAAAUAUUUGUGUUGGGAGGAAGCUGAUGGUUAAGUGUUACCCUGUCAUGAGUCAAUCGGGUGCAUAAUCUGCUUUGCGCAAGUGUAUGAUGGUUAGCAGAAGUGUAUGAUCAAGCACGGCCAGGAACGGGACUUGAGGGUUUAUGAUAAACAAACAUAGAGCUCGCAUCUCAUAAUGGGGAGAUGACGACGGUACAGGAAUAAUCAAAUCAAGUCAAGAUGAUAUGACUUGGGGGAGGUUUAUUUGUUAUAAAUGAUACCAAGCGCACGAACAAGGGGUUGGCGGUGCAACAAGCAUUCUUAUCACAUAUCAGUUUAAUCAAGAGGCGACAAGACCUUUCGCAUAACAAUAGAAAUUAAGUAAUGUCCACGAGGCCCAAGUCUUUAGGAACGGGUUAUGUAUAAUAGUGUUCUUUUCAAGAUUUAGAUCUAUCCUGAACUGGGAGCAUCAUUGUAAUCUUGCUGUCAAUCGAAAAUGGAUGUGGCCGCGUGCCAUCGUUGUACUGUAU